AUGCGCGUUCUCGCUUCAUCGUUGCUCCUUUCGACUGCGCUAGCAUCGCCUCUUUUCGAGCGUGCAGCUAAGCCUAUCUACUGGCUUCUUGCUGGUGACUCGACAACCGCACCCGAUGGUGGCUGGGGAGAUGGUUUCCUGAGCACGACUGUCGCUUCAGGCUCUUCCGGUCACAACUACGGACAGAGCGGAGCUACAACUGCUUCAUUCCGUGUCGGUGGCAACUGGGCCAAUAUCAUCAAGGACAUCGGAAUGUACAAGUCAAGCUCCGAUGUAUAUACUACGAUUCAGUUUGGUCACAACGAUCAAAAGGAGACCUCCGGCGUCACUCUCGACCAAUACAAAGCCAACCUCUUAAAGUUCGCCCAGGAAGUCACCAGCGCCGGGGGCCAGCCCAUUCUCGUCACACCGUUGACACGCCGCAACUUCCAGUCCGACGGCAAGGUAGCUGAGAACCUCGCCACGCAGCGCAACAUCACCAUCCAGGUUGCUACUUCCAACAACAUCAAGUACAUUGACCUCAAUAUUGCUAGUGAGAACUACGUCAAUGCCAUCGGUAAGACGGCCGCGAGCAAGUACAACCUCGCGUCUGACGAUUGGACCCAUCUGAACACCUUUGGGGGUGUUGUGUUUGCGAGAAUUGUGAGCGACCUGCUUGUUGACAAGUACCGGUCGAACUUCCAGGCCUACACGAAGGCGAACGCGACUUUGAGUGCGUUGAUCAAGGCUGGGCAACCUGCGGCAAUACUCCCUCCCAUCCCUGUUGCUGCUGCCACGCCCACCGCUCUCAGUGGGCUUGCUCCAGAUAAUCUAGAGACCACACCUGCAGCCACGACCUAUACCUAUGGUCCGCCCACACCAAAAGCAACAACCUACCAGAAUCCUGGCAUCUACACGAUUCCUGCCUACGAUGCCACUCUUUAUCAUACUACAACCGUUCCCAUUGAGGCAACUUACACUGCUUCUGCCGGCUCGACGGUAACAUAUGGCGGUGUCACUACCUCGGUCAGUGAGCCGUGCACCAUCACCGCACAAUAUGGCGCUUAUGUCACGGAAGGCGCAGAACCAAAGAUCAUGAUCAAGACAACUACCAUCUAUGCCAGCAGGUCUGGGCACUACACUAUCGCUAGCCCGACCAUAACCAAGUACGACCACCCGACGGAGUGCACAUAUCCUACCACUACGGUAUAUCAACCUGGUACCUACCACCACAGCAAAGAGACUGUCAUCAUCACCAGAUCGAAUCAAGCUUACAAAUGUUCUUAUGAGCGGAUUCCCUCCUCUUCUACAACUAAGGGUGCUCCACAGUACUCCGCUACCAAGGACACGUACUCCACUCCUACAGUGUCCUCACGCAUUUACUCUGGUCGCAUGUCGAGUAAAUUAUCCUUUGGAUCGGGCAACCACUAUCCAAUUCCAACAAGUUCUUAUGAUGCAAGUCGUGCAACUCAAACACCUUCUCCGACCGAUGGGGAUGAAUACAACACGGCAUCGCCCACUCAACCUCAGGUACCUGAUCCAUCAUCGGACUACGAAGAGACAGAGGAGACUUAUGGAACGGCUUUCGCAGGAUAUGUCAAACGAGGCGGUAUGCUUGAGCGGCGCAAGGCCAAGCUUGGUAGUAAGAGAUCCGGGGAAAAGCGCGUUAUUUUGGUUUGA